CAGUCUGUACGGGACGCCCGGAUCUCUCAGUGCGCUCGUCACUCGCACCGAGACCGGAACUAUUCUCUUUUGGCGAGUUAGACUCGUGACUUUUCUCUCACGGGACCCACGUCGGCACCUGAUUCUCUCUCAUUCCACUGUAUCUACGCAUACACAUAUCUCUUUCUCUCUCUUUCUCUCUCUUUCUCUCUCUCUCUCUCUCUCUCUCUCUCUCUCUCUCUUUAUUACUUUCUCUUUCUCGCGCUUAUACUUUUUCUCUCUCUCACUCUUUCCUUCUCUUCUUCCUUUUCCCAUUUAUUUUCCGCUCUUUUUUCCGCCCUCCAAAACUCUACCACGCAAGUAUCUACAUGAUUCAUCGCGGAUAGUCGCGCGCACGCGAGAGAGGGAAAAAGAGAGAGAGAGAGAGAGAGAAAGAGGAUGAUCUUUCAUCUCUUUCCAUCGUUGCCCAUAUUUUAAAGUGUACUCUUCUUUGGCAUUUUAUUCAUCUUCGAGCUCGUCAUUGGUGAACCUGGAAUGUCACGUUGCGCUACUGCGAGCACAGGUGAUCUUUGGAUCGAGAGGAACGAUCGAGAGUUUGUCAUAGAGGGUCGACGAGCUUGCACACGGGCUGGAAAUGCGCUUCGUACAUUUCGAGAGGAUCUCCUAGGAGGGAAGAGAGACCGAGUGGAGGAUCGGUCGAAAUAAUGCGAGCGAAGCGCAUCAGAAAGGAAAUCCGCUUCAGAUUGCUCAGGUACCGAGAGUGCGUCGAGUGUCGAAAGAACUCCUGUCCCAUCAACGAGAGACGCCUGAAGGAGAGGGAAGAAGGGACGAACGAGGAAGAGGAGGAAGAGAGAUUGAAAAAGGAAAAAAAUAUAUAUACCCGUGCUACUUUUUCUCCUCUUGUUUUUUUUUUCUUUUUCCUUUUCUUUUUACUUUCUCAACUGGCUGUGAUUUUGACUCAUAGAAAUCGUCUAGCCGUGAACGUGUUCCACGCGUAGAGCCUUUUUUGCAAAGGCUGAUUAAAAAAAAGAAAAGAGGAAAGAGAGAGCGAGAGAGAGCGAGAGAGAGAGAGAGAGAGAUAAAUCAUCAACGGAAGAGAAAGAGGCGAAAAACAAGCGGGGAGAAUUAGAUUCGAAAAGACCAGCUCUCUCUCUCCUAUCCAUGGAUCCUUCGGGAGAGGAAGGGGGAGCUCGAGGCGAGUUAGCUCGAAGGUAACAGGACGAUCGGUCGAACGAUUCUUAAAAACGAGGAAGAACAACGGAGAAGGAGGAGGUCAUGUCCGUUCGCGUGAAAGUUCGACUGAUGCGAAAAUAAGAAAACAGAAAGAGAGAAGAAGAAGAAAAAAAGGAAGAGAAGUAAAGAAACUAGAAUACUUCGACUAGAGUUGUCGUCGACGUUGUCGUAGACGUUCGAGGACGAAAAAAGUAGAAGAAGAAGAAGAAAGAGGAAAUAGGAGGUACUUACUGUAACAGAGGCUAACCUUCUUAUUGCUACGUCGUCCGAUUCUUCUUAAGGCCGAGUUCAUCUUUUCUUGAAAAUAGAAAGAGUAAGCGAGAAGAGAGAGAGAGAGAGAGAGAGAGAGAGAGAGAGAGAACGCAUCCACCUUCUUCUCUUCUCGCUCUCUCUCCUCGAGUAUACCGAAUUCGAUUUGAGUUGCGAAAAGCUCGAAAGCUUUCGUGAUAGAACGUGACUCUACUUGCUUGUUCGAGGUUGAUGCUGAGGGAGAGAGAAAGAGAGAGGAUUAGUUCUCUUCUAGAGUCUACAAGAUACCGAGAAGGUGGAAGAUAAAGGAAGAAAAGAAAAGUGAAAAAAAAGCAAGAUUGAAAAACGAAGCUGGAAAAUAUCGACUAGAGUGGACCUAUAGGGAGAUAAAAAUCCAUAAAAAAAAAAAAAGGAAAAACGAUCGAUAAAGUGGAAUCUUGUCGUUCUCGCGAGGGACUCUUUUUUUCCUUUCCCUCUCCUUUCGAAUUUUCUCUAUGUGAGAAAUCCCGAAAGUAGAAAAUAUCGAAAGGUUUCGUUGCGUGGGCAAAAAUUUGUUAGUUUUUUGCCUAUUCAAGGACGAAGAAGAAUAAAAAGGGGGGAAAAAGAGAGGAAGAAACAAAGAGGAUUUAGAAUGAUUCUAGAAUGACGAUGAUGACGAUCAUGAUGAUGAUACCGACGACGACGAGGACGAUGACGACGAUGGUGAUGGCGAUGAUGAUGACGAUGAUGGAUCGGGCGGCAUCAGCGACGAGAAAGCGAGAUUUUUCCGGGGAAAAUAAUUUCCGAUGAAAUCUUUCUGAUCCCUAAAGUCUCAGGAAGAUCUUUCGUAUUCCCAAAAACGGAAUAACAAACGUCGAACGUACGACCAAUACUCUCGAUUUUUCUUUCUCUUUUUUUCUUCGAAUACGCGUUCAAGGAAGUAAGGCUCGUGUUAUUUUUUAAGCCCACGCGAGAUUCGAAUUAAAAAGGGAAGUGAUUUUUCUUGUGAAAAGUGCUAAAGUGUACGUUAUUAAUUAAUCGAACGGGAACCAGUGGAACCCUUAACAACGAGGACAAUUAAUAUUUAUUUAGUGAACGAUACACGUGUUGCGUCUACGUCGAAAUAAAUUCGAAGAAAUGAAAAAAUAAGGAUUUGUCUUCUCUAAGGAAGAAGGAUUUCGUCGAAGCAUUUGGCUUCUUCUGUUUUCUUCUUUUUCCUUAUUCCGUGCGAACGACUUGGGAGGAUCGACUCGGACAAAUAGACGUGUUCUCGCUGAGAGUUAUCCGUUGUAUUGGGGAGAGAAAGAGAGAGAGAGAGAGAGAGAGAGAGAGAGAGAGAAGUCUUCGACCCGGAGAAGUAAGCAAUGGAGCGUUUUUUUGCGAGAGCACGUUAGAGCGAACGAGAAGGAGAGAAGAAGAGAGAAAAUAUCAUUUUCUCGAGAAUGGAGUUUCAUGGUGGCGUCGGUAGGGUAUCCAUAAAUCCCUCGUAUCAUCGUCGUCAUCGUCAUCUUCUUGGGUUCGCGAAAAAAGAAGAUUCUGAUAGCGAGGUGGCCGAGUCAAAUUAAGAUGCGAGAAUUGAACGCCAGUGCAUGCACUGCUUUGUACGAGGGCGUUGAGUGGUCCGGCCCAUGGAUCCUAUUCACCCUGAUCACUCUGGCUAUCGUCAACGUGAUGGUCGUGCUCGGUAACGUCCUCGUUAUACUCGCCGUCUAUUACACGAGCAAGCUCAGAAACGUGACGAACAUGUUCAUCGUCAGUCUUGCUGUGGCUGAUCUCUUGGUCGGACUCGCCGUUCUUCCAUUCAGUGCCACUUGGGAAGUCUUCAAGGUCUGGAUAUUCGGUGAUCUAUGGUGUUCGGUUUGGCUAGCCGUCGACGUUUGGAUGUGCACCGCGUCGAUACUGAACCUUUGUGCAAUCAGUCUCGACAGAUAUCUGGCGGUGACCAGACCCGUCAGUUAUCCCCAGUUAAUGUCUCCGAAACGAGCAAGGCUUCUGGUCGCCACAGUCUGGGUUCUGAGCUUCGUCAUCUGUUUUCCACCCCUGGUCGGUUGGAAAGAUAAACGGUCUCAUCCUACGCACAACGUGACGUUUACGCAGAACGGCCCCUUCAACACUACCACCAUUAUAGUACCGGUGAAACCGUGUCCGUGGAUCUGCGAGUUGACCAAUGACGCCGGAUAUGUCGUUUACAGCGCUCUAGGCUCCUUCUACAUACCGAUGUUAGUAAUGCUCUUUUUCUAUUGGAGAAUCUACAAUGCAGCCGUUUCCACAACGAAAGCCAUCAAUCAGGGCUUUCGUACCACCAAGGGUUCCAAAAUGUUUGGAUCCAGAUUCGACGAACAGAGAUUAACACUGAGGAUACAUCGAGGACGCGGAAGCGUUCACAACGGUAGUAACAACGGUAGUCCAAGAAGCCCGGAUUAUUCCACUCGUAGUUCCGUCAGAAAGGAAAAGAUCAAGAUCUCGGUAUCGUAUCCGAGUACAGAAACAUUAAACACAAAGUGCAACACUCUCGAGAGGACUCCUUCGAGAUGUUCUCAAGUUUCCGUGCAUUAUAGUAACGGACAAACGCAGACUCAGCUCUGUCCGAGUUCUAGGAGUACGCAUUUGAAGGUUGGCGGUAUAAACAGAGUAGGCAGUAUGAGGAGACCCAGCAGAAGGAGUAGCUGUGAGAGUCAGUUGACGGGUGACGAGGUAACGCUUCGAGAACUAGCUCAGGGCCAAGAGGAGAAGCCUAGGAUGAUGAAGAUGGGUAAACGAAAUAUAAAGGCACAGGUGAAGAGAUUUCGAAUGGAGACAAAAGCGGCAAAGACCUUGGGUAUCAUAGUCGGUGGCUUCAUACUCUGCUGGCUGCCAUUCUUCACGAUGUAUCUCCUACGUGCGUUCUGCCCGAAUUGCAUCCACCCAACCGUCUUCAGUGUACUAUUUUGGCUAGGAUAUUGCAACUCCGCGAUAAAUCCUUGCAUCUACGCGCUCUUCAGCAAGGACUUUCGCUCGGCCUUCAAGCGAAUAAUCUGCAGGUGCUUCUGCAAACGGCGAGCCAACACGUUACGGCGCGGUAGCGACGGCAGCCAAUUGGCGAUGAGAAGCGAGAGAAGUCCAAGUUAUACAAUGCGUGUGCAGCAGCAGGGCGUUUCCAUGGACGACUCCGACCAGGAUCCCGGAUCAGAACCGACUGUACAUUCGACGAGCGAGUCCAGAUGACUCUAACCAGUCGGAGCUGGUGCGCACCGCGUCACCUUUGACCGCAGAACUUCGACGAUCAGGAUACAUUCGUCCUAUAAAGCCUGAGACCCUUCUCUUUCUCUUUCUCUCUCUCUCUCUCUCUCUCUCUCUCUAUCUAUCUAUCUCUCUUUCUCUCUCUUUCUUUCUAUCUCUAUCGCUAUCAUUAUUUCUCAAUUUCUCUUUCAUUCUGUCUCUCUCUCUCUCUCUCUCUCUCUCUCUUUGUCCCAAAAAAUGGAUUCGUUUAAACGGAAAUUUAAACGAUGCGAAGACAACGACGAUUGUGAAUAAAAUAGCAACACAAAUAAUGCGAUAAUAAUCGACAAUUGAAUACAGCGCGCGCGCGCGCGCGCAUACGAGUAAUUGCUCGAGAGGGUUGGGUAUCACGAGAAAGAGGGAGAGAAGAAGUGGUAGAGAAGGAGUUGGAGGAGACGGGGAAGUGGUGUCCUAAAACACGCGUUUACUUUAGAUGUCGUAAGUAUUAUUAUAAAUGAUUAUUAUAUCGUCAUCGUAAGUUCUCGAAUCGUAAAGAAGGAGGUAUUCUAUGGAGACAUUGAUAGGUAUAUAACCGCACAUACACGUGUUGUACAUAUCACAAAAGAUUUCGUGUAUACACGGUGAGAUAAUGUUAAGUAAGAUUAAGUCAAAAGGCGACAGUCGUUAACCUUCUCUACGUCUAAAUGGUGUUCGUUGAAUCGUGCAAAUCGUGUGUUCUCCUCCAGCCGAUAUAUAUACAUGCAUACAUACAUACAUACAUACAUACAUGCAUGCAUGCAUGCAUGCAUGCAUGCAUACAUACAUACAAAACUUACCUUUUCUUUUCUUUUCUUUUUCUUUUCUCGUCCAAAACGUUGGAACGUUUUUCGCAUCGAUAGAUAUUUCUUUCUUGCGAAGAAAAAGCGAAAGAAAGAAGGAAGAAUAAAAGAAAGUCCUCACGCUUAAGAGCAAAAUACACUUGCAAUUUCUUUCGACCGAUUGCGUAUUAUGCAAAGGGAGAAGAAAAGCGGGUAGAAAAGUUAGCAGCGAAUAUAAUAUGCGCGAUUAAUGUAUUAUGUGAUAUACCGUAUGAAUAACGUUACGAACGAUUGCAAGUAAACAAUAUGAAUACGUGCGAAUAAAGUUCCGAGUCCAUUGAUCUUUUACCGUUA